AUGGAGGAAGCCAUAAUAGCAGAUACGUAUGGCCUUCGUCUUAAGAAUGAAUUCGACAGGGACCUUUCAUUCCGUUUAGUGAAUGCACAUGUCUCGACGUAUCUUGCUAUCUGUCCGUGGGAACAUAAGAUGGUGCACCAGGAGGAGUUUAUGCUGCUGUUGCGACUCUUGACAUUGAUAUGGCGGAAGAACUUUCUCACAUGGGCUCACGGCCAUGGGGCCGUGCAAUCCAUCGUGCCAUAG